AUGAGCUAUGCCCUUGGGAGCGAGGCACCCUCCUGCCGGUCGCAGCGCGACGACAGCACCGGCGGUGGUCUGCGACUGCGGCCAGCCGGCGCAGCAGCCAUGAUCCGCCGCAAUGCGCGCCUGCGGAAGGAAUACCUAUACAGGAAGUCACUGGAGGGCAAGGACCUCGCCGCAUAUGAACGCAAGCGCAAAAUACGGAAGGCCCUGGAGGAGGGCAAGCCCAUGCCCACCGAGCUGCGGCGCGAGGAGGCCCAGCUGCGGCGCGAGGUGGAGCUCGAGGACGACAACACGGCGGUGGUGCGGGACCACGUCGACGACGAGUACGCACACGCGGGGGAGAGGGACCCCAAG